AUGUUGGAGCAAAUGCCGAAGUACGCGAAGUUUCUGAAGGAGAUUAUCACCAAAAAGAGGAGAUUUGAAGAACAUGAGACAAUGAUGCUUACGGAAGAGUGCAGUGCAUUGCUAUUGAAGAAAUUACCACAAAAGCUCAGAGAUCCAAGGAGUUUCACAAUUCCUUGCACAAUAGGUAAUGUUCAUUUUGAUAAAGUUUUAUGUGACCUAGGGGCUAGUGCUAACCUCAUGCCAUUUUCGAUUUAUAAGAAACUAGGCCUAGGAGAAGUAAAACCAACCACAGUCCAUCUUCAACUAGCUGAUAGGUCUAUAAAAUACCCCAAGGGAGUAGUAGAAGAUGUAUUGAUCAAGGUAGAUAAGUUGAUUUUCCCGGUGGAUUUUAUUGUUCUUGAAUGGAAGAAGAUCGGGAAGUACCUCUAA